AAAACAUCAAUUCAUUACACGAUCCGAAAGAACAAACGGAUUACAACAAAAAUCCGCCUAAACCUUUCUUAAACCCUUCUUUCAAAGAUUCACCACAAGAACAAUGCAAUUCUCCAUGACAAUUACAACCCCUAGCUUCCCAUCUUUACCCCCAUUCCACCAUUCCACCUCCCAUACCCCUUCAUACAAACACCCUCCUAUCACAAUUCAUCAAAACCCAACAAAACCCCAUGAUAAUUCCAUAAAAUCCCUAAAAAAUUCCGGGUUUUUAUCAGCAAUUGGAAACGCAACCGAAGAACAAGAGUAUCGGAAAGCUAGGGCUGAAGUUAUCCGAAAAGGAACAGGGUUAGAAGGUUACACAAUUGAGGGUCUUUCAAUCGGAGGUCAUGAAACUUGUGUAAUUGUUCCUGAAUUGAAGUGCGCAUUUGAUAUCGGAAGGUGUCCUGCUAGAGCAGUCGCCAUGAAUUUCUUGUUUAUUACUCAUGCUCACCUUGAUCACAUUGGUGGGCUACCCAUGUAUGUAGCAACUCGUGGCUUGUACAGCUUGAGUCCUCCGACUGUAUUUGUUCCUCCUGCCAUUAAAGAUGAUGUUGAAAAUUUGAUGGAGCUUCAUAGGAAGAUGGGAAUGGUGGAGUUAAAUCUUGAUUUGGUUGCAUUGGAUGUAGGUCUGGUUUCUUCUUAA